AUGGGGGAGGCCCUCCACCAGUUCUUCAUUUGGGUAGGGGUCUUGGUAUGCCUGGUCUUCCUGGUGAAGUGUGUGAGAUUCUGCAAAUGCAUUGUGCUGAGUUUCCGGAAAGUUCAGCCAAGCUCUUUCUUGCAGUCAAUGGGACAAUGGGCAGUGAUCACUGGAGCAGGAGAUGGAAUUGGGAAGGCGUAUUCGUUUGAGCUGGCAAAACACGGACUCAACGUUGUGCUUAUCAGCCGGACGCUGGGAAAGCUUCAGGCCAUUGCUACAGAGAUUGAGAGGACUAUAGGGAGCCGUGUGAAGAUUAUACAAGCAGAUUUUACCAAAGACGACAUCUACGAGUAUAUUAAAGAAAAACUCAACGGCUUACAAAUUGGGAUUUUAGUCAACAAUGUCGGGGUGCUUCCAAACCUCUUCCCAAGCCAUUUCUUCAGCGAGCCGGAUGAGAUCCAGAAUGUCAUCCACUGCAACAUCACCUCAGUCGUCAAGAUGACACAGCUGGUUCUGAAACACAUGGAAUCAAGGCAGAAAGGUCUCAUCUUGAAUAUUUCUUCUGGGAUUGCCCUCUGCCCUUGGCCUCUCUACUCUCUGUAUUCGGCUUCCAAGGCUUUUGUGCGCAUGUUUUCCAAGGCAUUGCAGGUGGAAUACAAAGAAAAGGGAAUCAUUAUCCAGGUGCUGACCCCAUAUGGUGUUUCAACCCCAAUGACAAAACAUGUAAAUACCAGCAUAAUAACCAAGAGUGCUGAGGACUUUGUCAAAGAGUCACUGAAGUACAUCACGGUGGGAGAUGAGACCUGUGGUUGCCUUGCCCACGAGAUCCUGGCAGGCCUCCUGAGCUUGAUCCCGUCCUGGGCCUUGUACAGCAGAGGCUUGCAGAGGGUGCUCCUGACCAGCUACACCAACUACCUGGAGCAGAAUAUCAAGGUCAAGUAG